UGCGGUGUGUGGUAGAAACAGUCACGUAGUCCCCGGGGUGAGGGCGGAUGGAGACCGCGGCCUGACCCGGCGAGGAGCGCUCGUACCGGACGGUGACCCCCUCCUCUCACACCUAUGUGACGGGCGGAGCUCGGCUUUGGCCUGUUGUCACCAUGGGCCUCAUCUUCGCGAAGCUGUGGAACUUCUUCUGCAACCAAGAGCACAAGGUGAUCAUUGUCGGACUCGAUAAUGCAGGAAAGACCACUAUUCUUUACCAGUUUUUAAUGAAUGAAGUGGUUCACACCUCCCCGACCAUCGGCAGCAAUGUGGAGGAAAUUGUGGUCAAGAAUACCCACUUUCUGAUGUGGGACAUUGGAGGUCAGGAGUCGCUCCGAUCGUCGUGGAACACCUACUAUUCUAACACAGAGUUUAUUAUCCUGGUUGUGGACAGCACUGACCGAGAGAGGCUAUCUAUCACUAAAGAGGAGCUCUACCGAAUGCUCGCCCAUGAGGAUUUACGGAAGGCGGCGGUUCUCAUCUUUGCAAACAAGCAGGAUAUGAAUGGGUGCUUGACGGCAGCCGACAUUUCCAAAUACCUCACCCUUAGCUCUAUAAAGGAUCACCCAUGGCAUAUCCAGUCCUGCUGCGCGCUCACAGGAGAGGGGUUAUAUCAAGGUCUUGAAUGGAUGACUUGCCGAACUGGCGUGAGAUAACGGGACACGGUUGUGGACUCCUUCCAGUACCUUUUUACACUACGACAUCUCCAUGCUUAAUUUUAUAAGAGGAUCGGAUCUGUCUCUGAGCCACACUUGAAUCAAGUGAUGCUGCGUCAGGGAAAAACGUGAGACCCUCAGACUGUACUGCACACGACCUCUGACGGACAAUUUUCAUACAGAUUACUGUAGUCAUUUGAACAUUAAUACACACUGCUGCUUUUUUUUUUUUAACGCUGUUUUUAACAGUUCAUCUACAUCAUUGUCAGCAUAGGCAAGCGGUGCCACUUCUCUAGAUUUGGCGUCCUGGAAACCGGAGUUCCACACCGGUCACAGACACAGCUGCUCAAUUCUGGAUUUUAAAGGGUCAAUAUUUCUUUUUAUUAUAUUUUAUGGGUGAUGCUACUGCACCCAUACACCUGUUACAUAUUUUUUUUGCAGUUCUUAGCAGCAUAUUAUUGUGGGAAAUCCGAAAAACUUCGGCUAGGGCUAUAUGGCGAUAUUUGCUUGCACAAAUGUUACAAUUGUUUUUCACCAUUUACUGACUAAUGGGAAAAGAAACGGCAAGAACCUUGUGGCCUUUGCAAAAAUGGCACCAUAUUGUGAAAUUUUCAAGAUCAUUUGUAAGUUUGACAGGGAGAGGACAAAUGGCUCUUCAGCAGGAAGAGAACUCUCUAGUGCCCUCUAUAGGAGGCAGAGGGCUAAUUUUGCUUACCUUUUCCCAUGAACCAUUGCCCUGAAGUCUCCCUUGUGGUUGGAUCUCCAUAAGGAGCCUCAGUACCUUCCAGAGCGAACCAUUGAAGCCACAUGCAAAGCACCGCAAUUUCACUAUUUUACCAUGACACGUGCUAGCUGCAAUGGAGCCCUAACUGAAAACUCUUUUCUUAAAUGUUUUUUUUUUUUUUUUUUUUAUAAGAUUCUUGCAUUUCAGAUGAAUUUCACUGCCAUCAAUUUCAUUUUCUGUAAGUGUGUGUUUUUUCUUUUUUUGUAUGCUUUUUGAAAUAUUUUAUAACUUUAAUAGAGAAUUGUUGCGGGGGAAGGGUAGGUCAGGUUAUUUGGAGAUCGUGUCUGCUCUGCUGCAGUCUCGGCAGCAUAUUAUAUUGGGAAUAAAGAGGCUCGGAAGGCUUUCAACGCUUGAGUUGACAUCUCUUGCGUUUUUUUUACGGAGAUAAAGAGGUUAAAUAUUCAUGGCAGGUUGUAACUAGUAUAUUAUGUCUAACAUGCAUUGGCUUCGGUACGGAGGUCCUAAGAUUGCAAUGAUAUGCGAUCAGUCAUGGGAUUUUAUUUUUCAUGCGUUAUAGGAGGGGAUACAAGUGAACUGUAAAAUUAGGAGUAUGGUUUGGAGAAUGAAAGAUAUAUAAUAUUGAGGGCUGUACGCACAUACAAAACAUUCCCCCUAUAUACUCCUUUAUCGAUAGUCACUUAUGGGUUACAGAGUUUCGGGUUUGGCCUAAGCAUGUCUGAUUUAGAUCUAUUUAGUCUCUGAAUUAAUGUUUUUUAGAUUAGUCCGACCCUCUUUCAGUAAUGCCUAAAGCAGGGCUUUUUGGACAGCAGCAUGUCGGAUCGCUUCUUCGCCUUUGGAGAGAUGUGCGUUGCCGGCGGUAUCUGACAGCGAGCUACCCUCCUUUCCCCAAAGAAAUAUACAUGCUCGGUGAAUCCAGGGAGACGCUAUAUUCUUAGCAGAACCUAGCAGGUUGAUUGAAGCCACCAAUUAAUACCUCAUUUGUAUAGCUAACUUUUAAUACAGGGAUGAACAAAACCUUUGUAAAUACUAGUCUGUUCUAACACUCCACAUACUACUUUGCCUUUUUUUGGUGACCAGGCCAUGGAAGCUUCUAUAUAAAAAAAAAGAUGGUGGCGCUUAACGUUUUUUUUUUUUUUUUUUUUUUUUUUUUUUGGUGGUGCAAAUAUUCUGCUGAUGAAUGUCUUAAGAUAUUAUAGUGGUCGAGGCUACAAAUCUUCUGCACAGACAUAGAUUUAAGACCUGCCUGCAGCCACCACUAGGGGGAGCUGACUGCAUGCAGUUGUACAUUUAACUCAAAUGCACUGAAGCCUCCCUUGCUGUAGACUGCAACCAGUCAGUGGCUCGGUACAUUGGUCAUGUGAGCCCCCAUUCUACUGAUAGGUGCAGGUUUCGGAGGCGAUCCCGGUGUCUGACAUAGGUGCGAAUUCCCCUUUCAGUCCAGGUCAUGGUAAACUGCGUGGCUUAUCAGGCAGUCGAUUAUAGGACAUUCAAAUGAAGGGACUUGUAAGAUCUGUGUCCAAACUUUAAUGUAUUGUAACUUACAGUAGACAGAACCAAUAAUUGAGUGCCUUUAAUAUAUGCACCCUAUAGGAGCCUUGAAUGUGUAAACCUUAAAGGGGUUGUCUAAGACUAACUCAAUUUUUACAGACCCAUAGUAGCUCCACUGCAUGGACAGGGCUAUCCUUAACGCAAGGCAAAACUGGACAGAUGCCAAGACUCACCAGUCAUGGUUAUAUGGGUAAAUAUGAUCCAGGCAUGUCAUGUGAGGUGAGCUAGACACAGUGUCCACUGUGACACUCGACAAAGGGUGGACGUUGUGAUGGGAGAGGUCCUGCAUAUUGGGAAAACCAUUGACAUUCUGCACCUUUUCUCAUCUUUAGCAUCAUAAUUGAGACUGGAUGUCAUUAUGGACAAAUGUCAUGUUCAAAUGACCUUCCAGAGCUAUAAUUGAUGCGCAAUCCUUAUGAUGGGUCAUAGGUAUCAGAUUGGUGGGGUGGUCAGGAGUCUGGUCCCCACCUGUCUGAUAUUGAUGACCUAACCUUAGGGUUGCUCAUUAUUACACUCCAGGAAAAUGUCUUUAAGCAGUUGGCUACCAUGGACUUGCAUGAACUCAUAAAUCCUGACACUUGGCCUGUUCUAAUAGAGCGUGUUUGGUCCAGGAAGCAGUCCAUGUGAGGGUCUCCUAUCCCAGACUGACCGCUGCUCCAACCUAAACUCACUGCAUUGUGAUCUAUGAUGCUGAGUUUGUGUGGCUGCAGGUCUACUGUACUGUAAUCUCACAAUGCUGUGAGUACAGUAGACUUGCUGGAAGGCAGGAACUCGCAGCAUCAUAAAUCCCUACGAUGCUCUGAGUUUGGGUCGCGGACCAGCAGCUUUCAGUCUGGGAAAUGCAGUCGUUGCACGGGCUUUUGUUUCCUGGACCAAACGCGCUUAUGUAAAACCGGCCUUACAGUGAAGUGAGCACAGGAAACAAUUUGUUUUUGAAUUUAGGGAGAGGCUCAGGGUAUUGGUAAAAAUAAUAAUUGGAUUGGUCUCUGACAACCCAACAAGUAUUUUAGAAAUGUAUAGCAUGUUGGGCUUUUAUAGAUUUUUUAUUUUUUUUUUGUCUCCUGCUACAUAUUUUAAAAAUAAUUUUGACUUGUGUCUUAGUUCAAAAGGUCAACUCUGCCACGCUAGUGUUUUUAUUUGGUCUAUGUAUUAUAAUUGAGGUGCUUUAUAUGUUGCCCCCUUUUUUCCAAAUGAAAUGGGCAAGCUCACUAGUCUAUUCAUUUUAAAAAUGAAGAUGUGACCACAAAGUAUUACAUCUUUUGUCAGGUUAUGACUAUGGUAAAUCUAUUUCUUUUUUUCUUUUUAAUUUCUGAAUAAAUAUUUAAUGCAUUUUA